CUCCCUGCCAGACACAAACCCAGACAGAGGGACAACAUGGAUCCGAACACGACCAUCCUGCGAGUCAAGAGGAAAAGGGGGACCGACCCCGCAGAUGCGCUGCUGCUGGCAUGUAAACGUAUCCGACCGGAGACGUCUCAAAGCUCAGGCGAGACGGUACCGGAGCCGAAUGAAGCCGAGGUGGAGAACUCUGUCUUCAAACUCGUGGCGACGGUGGCGACACAGGAUGCUCCGGUGCAGACACAGGUGCGACAGGCUUUGGCUCGGCCCCGCAUGGCCCACGCUCUGCGGCCCUCUGCUGCCAGUACACAGCGGAUACUGGGGGACCUGAGGAGCACGAAGUGGAGCACCCGGAGGGAAGAACGCUACAGGAUACUCUCCAGCCACCGCACAGGGCUGCCGGCCCCAGCAGAGCAGCAAGCACCCCUGACAGAAGCUUCAGAGGGCGGAGAGGAUUCUGGGAAAGAGCAGGACAAAUGUCUGGGUCUUGGUGCCAUCCAGGUGGUCGACCUCCUUCAUGAGGAUGACGAGAACCAGGAUAAAUCUUCAGGCAAG